AUGGAAGAGUCCCAGAUUAAGCAUAUAUGGCAGACGUACUUCCAUAAAUUUUUAAAUGAAGAGGGGGACGGUAACAUCAUGCUAGGGGAGUUGGGGCACUCCGAGAGUCACCGAGACUUUAAGUACUGUAGGCGUAUUAAGGUUGAGGAGAUCGUGGGAGCUAUGCGUAAGAUGAGUCGGGGAAAAGCGACAGGACCAGACGAGAUUCUAGUAGAAUUUUUGAGAUAUAUGGGUAGAGCAGACUUGGAAUGGCUGACUGGGCUGUCUAAUAUUAUUUUCGCGACGAAGAGGAUGCCAGAUGAGUUGAGAUAUUCAGAUGUGAUGUUGGGGUUUAGACCUGUUGUCUCAGCGUCGGGAUUAUUCUGGACUAUUACGCUAUGGACUACGCCGGAAAUGCCACAGGAUGAGUGGCGAGAGAGGUUUAUCCUUCGCGUUCGCGAGGCAUGUCGCGUUCGCGAAGGGUUCAAUACUGUUCAACGCGUUGCUGAUGGUUUAUAUUUGCGUUCGCAUAAGAGGGAAUUGGUCAGGUGGAUUGGUAGUGAAUUAUUUGCUUCGCGUUUUGCAGAAAGUGGUGGCGCAUUCGCGGGUGUUUGCCUGGGUAAGCUACGUAGUUUUGCGAGCUGGUUUGAUGGCGUUCGCGGUAGGAGAAUUUUGAGUUCAAUGAGAAUUUUUGUGCUUCGCGAACGCGAGGCUUUGACCGCGAGGUUGGUGGAAAAGUACAUGGAUAGGAAAAAGGGCAUGGUGCUUAUUGACCUAGAGAAGGGGUACGGCAAGGUCCUUAGAGACGUUCUUUGGAAAUGCCUGAAGGUGAAAGGGGUGCCAGUAGCGUAUAUUAGAGCGAUAAAGGAUAUGUAUGAUGGAGCUAUGACUCAUGUAAGGACUGCAUUAGGUGACUCCGAGAUUUUUUUGGUGGUUAUGGGGUUACACUGCACUCAGCCUGUUCUUACUUGCCUUGGCGAUGGACGCCUUAACACACCAUAUUAA